AUGCCGACGGAAGAAGGCGAAGACGGAACCGGCUCGGACGGAAUCUGGCGUUAUGCUUUGAUAAGUUCACCGUGGUGGGAUUGCCCGGUCUUUGACUGUCUGUUGUGGAAGCCUGAGGGGACCGACGACCUUGACUUGGGUGCGUGGGAGGUGGGCACGAUGCUUGAGAAGAGGGGUCCGCGUCAUUCGGUACUGGAGCGGGAAUUCUUGAACAAAUGGGAGCAUGUUUCUACAGCUUUUCCGAUGAGGAGGUUCUCGAAUGGCGAUGCUGUUUUGCCCAUAACGCAAGACUAUUUCCGUGAGAAAUACGGCGAUAAGGCGAUGAAGUGGAAUAUUGGCAAUGAAGCUGACGAAGCUGACGAAGCUGACGAAGCUGACGAAGCCGAUGGAGCUGAUGAAGUCGAUGGAGCUGGUGAAGUCGAUGGAGCUGGUGAAGCUGGCGAAGUUGAUGGGGCCGAGGGUCUCAUGGGUCUUGCGAACAUUUCGAUCCAAGAUACCAAUGAUGUUUCCCGAGGAAGAGAAACCACCAAUAGGGGGAUGGAUGUACCAGUGGACGGUCAUGAGAACUUGGUUGAUGGCAAGCUUUCGCAUGAUUCGUCCGACGAAGACCGGGUGGAUGUGGCAGACUACGAGGCUUCACUACACCGGCCAGCUACUUGGUAA